CAACACCACCACCAACUACCACCACAACACUACCACCGACACCACCACCACCAAAAUGUGAAGGGGCAAAGCUGGAUCUGAUAUUUGUCCUUGAUGCUUCUACCAGUAUCACAGAACCAAAUUUUGAACUAAUGCGCGACUUCCUGCACGAUUUCCUUUCAAUCGCAAAUAUCGAUAGUGGAGAUGUCCGAGUUGGCCUUGUAACCUACAGCACCAACACCAGCAUCCAGUUUCAUCUGAAGACUUUCUCCUCCAAGGUCAUGGUCUUGAAAGCCAUUGAAAAAACCCCGUAUACGUAUGGAAGUACCAACACAGCCGACGGCAUCCGAACCAUGCGGAAGAUGUUCAGAGCUAAAUUUGGUGACAGAAAAAAUGUUAACAACGUGGCUGUGGUCAUCACCGAUGGAGUGUCGAACAUCGAACACGCGAAAACAAUCCCAGAGGCUAGGAAAUCCAGACGGAGAGGCAUCCAUAUCUAUUCUAUUGGCAUCGGCCUAACCGAUUUAAGGGAGAUAGAAGGAAUUGCCAGCAGACCAGUGAUUGCCAACAGAUUUAUCGUCAAGGAUUUCAGUGAACUGAGAGCGUUGAGAGAUAAAGUCUUCCGGUCUGUCUGUGUUGCAACCGAGGCAAAAGCAAAGGCGAAAAAACACAAACCAGCGUGCCCUGUCAGACGAAGGACUAUCAGGUGCUUAAGCUCGGUGAAUUGUAAGAAGAGGGGUGGCUGGAUUAUAUCGAGAUACGUUUGUCGUAAGGCAAACCGCGGAUGUUGCAAAUCUUGGCGAUAGUAAAAAUUAAGAAAUAAAGUUUUAUUCACUGA